UACAGCGAUGCUUUCGCUGCUGUCUCUGCCUUCUGCCUUGGUGUAUGUUGUUUGGUUGCUGGUUGCGCCUUCGUCCUGGUGGUGUUUGUCUCGCGCACUUCUUCCGCCUUUUAAAAUGAACAUUUUUUAAUAACAUUUAAUAGCCGUAGACUUUUGCAAACGUUUCAUUUGAUUUUCAACUGUCAUCAGCAUCAAUUGUCGGCUGCGGUUGAUGUACGCGCUAAGAAAGCUUUUAUUAAUCGUUGCUUUAAUUAAAUUGAAUUUGAAAACAUAAAAUUAUUUAGCUUUGAAUGUGAUGUUCAGGUGUGUUUGUGUUUAAAAUUAUCUAGAAAUUAAUUACUUAAAAUAAUAAAAAAAAUAUCAAUUAAAAAAUACAAUAAUUUUGAAAAAAAUUCACAUAUUAAUUAAAAAAAAGUGAAUUUAAAAACAAAGUGCUAUGAAUGGUGAUUGUUUAAGGGAACAAAAGUGCUGAUUAUAAGUUAUAAAAUGGAACAUUGAGUUCUAUAUGCCGUCGGAAUUUUGCGAUUCCGGGAAAUAAUAACUGCACAUGACUUUGACUGUCGGGUUUAUUAAAACAGCAGAAAAGGGAGUCUAAUAAAUAUUUCCGAUACUAAGCAAACAACAAAAGAAAUAGACAGCCAAACGAAUAUGUCUGAGGAACAGCAACAGCAGCAACAACAACAGCAGCACCAACAGCAGCAGCAGCAGCAGCGGCAACAGCAGUUGCAGCAUCAACAACUACAACAGCAACAGCAAGCACACCAGAUUAAAUCCCCCAAGGAUGCAAACACAAAUAAUGCAAACCCCGCAACUCCACCACGCAAAUCCAACAUACACGAAAUGCGAAAUCAAGACUUUGUGAGUCGCCUGAUGGCUGCCACCCCACCCUAUUUAUACUCAGCACCAAUGGGACCCAACAAUUUCUUCUUUAGUGACAUGCUACGCUCCCUGGUGGCAGCUAGGAACCAGGAAAAUGUACGUAACCUGCAAUUGCAGCAAUCUGCUGCUCUGGCCAGGCGACCCCGGAAACGGACAUGGUCUCAACAUCGCUCCUAUUUCAAAGAAAACGAAACAUUGUUGGAGAAAGCACAACAGCAACAACAACAGCAGCAAACACUUAUCACAGCUGAGAAACCACUUGAGUUGACCACCCACAAACCAUAUCUUCAGCAUUUGGCCAACAAGUAUCGGAAAUUGGAAGCGGAAACGACCAAGGAGCAUAGUGACAUAAAGCAUCUUCUGGUCCCCUCGAAGUCGGGCGACAGAGACACGGAUCAAACAGCCACACCAGCGAAUACUGCUGUGGCUGGGGGUGCCAGUGUUGGCGAUCCUGCGCUGCAAAGUACACCGCCAGCCGCCUCAUUGCCUCCCCAAGAUUUGGUUUUGCCCCCACCGCCUCCAGUUUGGUAUCCACCCCUAUAUCCACCCUAUGGCAUAGAUCCCCUGCAUUUCUUUAUAGACUUGCGUGUAUCCGGCCACAUUUACGACCGCAAAAAGGAAAACGUUUCGCCACUUGCCAAUGCCGAGAGCAAUGGAAAUACCGCAGAAGCCAAUGAAACCACAAAUUCCCCACCCGCUGCCAUUACACUGCCCAACAAACAUAGGCAUGGAUCGGCCUUCACAGUACCUACUCCCCGUUCCAAUGAUCUCAAGGCCAUGGCAGCUCUACAGGCAACCACGGAUGCCAUCAAUCUAAGCUCAACUUCCGGUGCUGUCAUGAACAAAUUCGAAAACUAUGCCAAAUACUAUGACUUUGGCGAGAGCAAAGAGAAUCAGCCGAAUAUAUCAAAGUGUAGUGCCAACUACAUGUUGCAACAUCUUCCUCGUCUCUAUAGUCAAUUUGCCGCACGCGAUCUGAUAGCGCAGGCCCAAAACGAGAGUGCUCUGAAUAACUCGGGUGGCAACGGCAGUGAUCUUGUGGAAUCCGAUAAUAAAUCUGACAUCGAGUGUGAGGGUGAUUCGGAUGGCCAUCAGUCGGUGGGCAAUUCCGAUGACAAUGACAUUGAAGAGAACUCAAAUCGUGAGCGUGAUAUCGAUGUGGAAAUUAUCGAUUCCAUAAAAUAUCGCAAUGAUGGCAACAGCAGCAGAUGUUCAAGUCAAGAUGAUUCGUCGAUUACUCAAAUCGAUUAGGUUUAGUUAUUAGCAAACUUAAUUUAAAUGAACCACAAAAAAAAACGAAUUUAAAUGUUUCAAAAUAAAAAUGAUUACAUUCUAA